GUUAGAGUAAGGCAGUUCAAAGGAAGCCUCCUCCCCGUAAUCACCUGCCUUGGUGGCUCUGACGAUUGCCAUCAUGUCGUAUGCCUACCUCUUCAAGUAUAUCAUUAUUGGUGAUACAGGUGUGGGAAAAUCUUGUCUGCUUCUUCAGUUUACAGAUAAGAGGUUUCAGCCAGUUCAUGAUUUAACAAUUGGUGUUGAGUUUGGCGCACGCAUGAUAAAUAUUGAUGGAAAACCUAUCAAACUACAGAUAUGGGACACGGCUGGACAGGAGUCAUUUCGUUCAAUUACAAGAUCUUAUUACCGAGGUGCUGCUGGGGCGCUGCUAGUGUAUGAUAUAACAAGAAGGGAAACCUUUAGCCACCUCACUUCGUGGCUAGAAGAUGCUCGCCAACAUUCAAGUUCAAAUAUGGUCAUAAUACUGAUUGGAAAUAAAAGUGAUCUUGAAUCUCGUAGGGAUGUUUCUAGGGAGGAGGGGGAAGCUUUUGCUCGGGAACAUGGUCUCAUUUUUAUGGAGACCUCUGCCAAAACUGCAGCCAAUGUGGAAGAGGCCUUCAUUGACACUGCCAAAGAAAUUUACAAAAAGAUCCAGCAGGGACUGUUUGACGUGAAUAAUGAAGCUAAUGGAAUCAAAGUUGGACCCCAGCAAUCAAUAAAUGAGCCGCUUGGAAGUGGACUACGACAAAACCAAAAUGAAGGUGGAGGAACUUCUGGAUGCUGCUGAAGCAAACAGAAUUAUUACACUAGAGGAAUUCAUAAACCCAGCUUCAUGCACGCCACAUCUUUUUAUCACUCCUGUUUCUGCCUGUUCUAUAUCAGACUUUCCUUCUUUCCUGUCUCCGCAUUACAUAAAAUAUAAGGGAAUCUGUAUAUAAUGCUCAUGGCCUUUCUUUAUAUAUAUAUUUGUUUUUUUUUAAGUUUUACAUAGUUCUUUCACCUUUUCUUCUUUAUUCCAAUCUGUGUAUUUAAAGCCUAAAAAAUGGAACAAAAGGAAUAUCCUUGUGCUUUGAUAUAAAGUACAUUAAUAUGGACACUACAUUUCAAAUAUGAGUUUGAAGCGUAAACCCACAUCCCAGUGCGGGUAAUUAUAUAUCAUGUGUAACAGUUAGGUGUUGAGUAGAGGUUGUUGGUUUAUUUUUGUUUUUAUUUUCCUUUUUAAGGAGCAGUAAACUGUUUAUCGACUUAAGGGGCAUGUUGUUGUCCUUUCAAUGAAAAUUGUUACAUUUUCUCUUAUUUUAAAAUGUUGUUAAUUCUGUAUCUAACAUGGGUACAAAUAGUUUGUAUCCUUUGCGUGCCAGUGGAAAUCAACAAUGUCUGGAAAUGCAGGGCAUUGUCAUAUCAUUUCCUAUUCAGAUGUAUAAGUAAUCUUAUGCUUUGGCCUAUAUAGAUGUAAAUGAAGGAUCUCCCAGCAAGCAUUGCAACUCAAAUAAAUACUGAUCACAUUUCAGAGCUACCUUGCAUUAUUUAUUGAUCAGUUGUAUUUAGCAACAAAACAUGGAUUUUCUUCAGCAAAACUAGGUUAACAUUUGGUUGUAUUAAAUACCUGUCUGCUUGAGAAAAUCAUUUUAGGUCAAGUUAUUUUAAGUUAAAGUUGGUUAGUGACAUUUGUUUGUUACUUGCUCUGCAGGGAAAGGAUUAUGAAGUAUAUUGGAAGUUAUGUAUUAACUGUCUGGUUGCCACCUGCCAUGUUAAUAAAGUUUUCCUGUAUUAUAAUGAA